GUCAAAAGAUGUGCCUGUGGCUGGGAAUGAUUUGAAAAUUUCAGUUAAGAACGGGACUUUAAAGCGCACACACCUUUUAGAAAACUGUAUUUUUAUUAGUGAAUUUUGUGCCAUAACUCCAAUUUGAAAAAAACCAACCAUGUCCGACGAGGUGGAACCGAUGGAUGUUGACUUGGAAGAAACAGAUCCGGAAGUCGGCCAGGAGGACAUGCAGGCUAUAGAAACUAACAAGGAUGUGGAGAGGGAGAAUCAGAAGAACAUGUUGCUAUCUGAGCAAUUGGAGAAAUCGAAGGAUCUAGAAUGCCUUCCAGGCCCCAGCCAUGGAGCUCCCCUAAAGCGGUUCGAGGUUAAAAAAUGGAAUGCGGUGGCCCUGUGGUCCUGGGACAUCGUAGUGGAUAACUGCGCGAUCUGCCGGAAUCAAAUUAUGGAUCUGUGCAUCGAGUGUCAGGCUGUUGCUUGGGACUCCUCCGGUGAGGAGUGCACCGUGGCAUGGGGGGCGUGCAACCACGCCUUCCACUUCCACUGCAUCUCACGGUGGCUCAAGACCCGCCAAGUCUGUCCUCUGGAUAACCGGGAAUGGGAGUUUCAGAAGUAUGGUCAUUAGGCUGGAUAGAGGUCCUUCCAGAGCACUACAUCGUUAGUUCAAAUAGUCCUAAUUGGCAACUAAAUUAUUUUCCAGAUUGUACAAGAGCUAUUAAAAAUGUUUGACAG